GAGCUGUCACACUGACAGCUCGUGAGGAGAGGAGAGCCGGGCACUGAUGAUCAGUGUGCCCUGAUGAUCAGUGUAGUCCUAGCAGUGCCACCUGUCAGUGUCCAUCAAUGCCACCUGCCAGUGCCCUUCAGUGCCACAUAUCAUUGCCUACCAGUAGCACAUCAAUGCCACAUAUCAGUGCCCAUCUGAGCUGCCUUUCAGUGUCACCUAUCAGUGCCAGUCAGUGCCACCUAUCAAUGCCAGUCAGUGCCACCAGUCAGUGC